AUGCUUCUUAAUGCUAGACUCUCAACAAUUACAUUUAAAACACCCUUGGUAUCAAUACAAAAGCGAGAAGAUAAAAGUUCACGGGAAAAUAUGGCUCAAGUCGAUACCAGCCAAGCUCGAUCAAAUAUAGAAGUCGUUCGAAUGUGCCUACAACAACUUGGCUGGAAAGAGUGUGCUUCUGGUGCUUCGAUGGAUUCGGAUAUUUAUUGGCAUUCGGCUACUUUUCAGGAAGGCGACAGAAAUUUUGCUUUCACUUCAGCUAAAGUAAACAAAUUUCCCGGUAAGAAAUUAUGA